AAAGCACGAGAGAUGAUCACAGAGGCUCUGAAAGUACGGGAUAAGGUGCUGGAACCGAACGACUUUCAGACUCUGUUGAGCGUUGGAAUUCUAGCUGGACUAUUGUUGAGUCAGGGGAAUUACAACGAAGCAGUGACAACGCACAAGCGGGCUUUGAAAGGGUUCAAGGAGACUCUAGGUUCAUUACAUCCCUUUAUACUCACGAGCACCAGUAAUUUGGCUUAGCGCUUCAACAUCUGGGAAGGUACAGGGACUCAGAGAAGUUGAGUCGACUGGCAUUGAGGGGAAGUAAGAUGGUCAUGGGAUCAUGCCAUGUGGACACCCUGACGAGCAUGAGCAACUUGGCGCUUGUGUUGCAACAUCGAGGCAAAUACAAGCAAGCAAUGAGGCUAAACCAGCAAUCUCUAGAUGGCUUCCGCGAGAUACUCGGAAAGCGUCAUCCUUCCGCACUUACCAGUAUGAGCAACCUGGCGGUGGUGUUGCAGUGUCAGGGCAGGUAUGAGAAGUCCGAGAAACUGCAGUGGCAAUCUGUCACGGUUUGGGGUGCUCCUGCCUGUCGUACCUCACCUGUCAUGAGAGUGACUGCCACGUCACACUAGCGUUGUUUACAGCUACUCACCUAUAUAUACUGUUCGUAGCUUCACUCCAUACAACCUCAAUACAAUCUUCAAA